GGUAGAAAUAGACCACCCGGAAGCGUUCACAGUCGCAAAUAAACAAAAUUAAUCCACGAGGAUUAUAAAUUUUCCGUACAGGAUAUUUGUACAUUUUUAUUCUCAUAAUGGGGAAAAAAGGAAAAGUUGGAAAACAAAGAAAAGAUAAAUUUUAUAAAUUAGCUAAAGAAACAGGUUAUCGUUCAAGAGCAUCUUUUAAACUGAUUCAGCUGAAUAGGAAAUUUGAAUUUCUUCCAAAAUCUCGAGUAUUAAUUGAUCUGUGUGCUGCACCAGGAGGAUGGCUGCAAGUAGCACAACAAGCUAUGCCAGUUUCUAGUGUUAUUAUAGGUAUUGAUCUUGUACCUAUAAAGUCCUUACCAAAUGUAAUUACAUUUCAAGAAGAUAUAACAACAGAUCGCUGUCGCCAGGUAUUGAAAAAGCAAUUGAGCACUUGGAAAGCAGAUGUUGUUCUCAAUGAUGGUGCUCCUAAUGUUGGUCAAAACUGGAUACAGGAUGCAUUCACUCAAAAUCAACUUACUUUAAGUGCAUUGAAGUUGGCAACAGAAUUUCUUGUGAAAGGUGGCUGGUUCAUAACAAAGGUUUUUCGAUCCAAAGAUUAUUUAUCACUUGUUUGGGUAUUCAAAAAGUUGUUUAAACUUGUACAUGUAACAAAGCCACAAGCCUCUCGAAAUGAAUCAUCUGAAAUAUUUGUGGUUUGCCAAGGGUAUCGAGCUCCCGAUCGGAUCGAUCCUAAAUUUUUGGACGGCUCUCAUUUGUUUAAAGAUGUCAAUCAGAAAAAUGUUGAGACAAAAUCAAAUCUUCUGGCAGUCACCAAUAAGAAACAGAAAGCUGAAGGCUAUGAAGAUGAAUCGUCUGUCUACAGCACACUCCAAGCUUCAGAAUUCAUCUUUUGUGAAAAUCAUCUUGAAAAACUCAGUAAAUGCACUCAGAUUAUUUUUGAUGAUGAUGACAUAAGAGAUCACAAGUUAACUACAGAUGAAGUGAAAGAGUGUUGUAAAGAUAUUAAAGUUUUGGGAAAAGCUGAUCUAAAGCUACUAUUAGGUUGGAAGAAACAGAUGGCAUCAAUUGUUAAAGGAAGUGAAAAACCUGAGGAGAAAAGUGAUGAUAUUGAUCAAGAAGAGUUAAAAGAAGAGAAAUUAAUUGAAUCUGCUGUCAAAGAAGCCGAAGACCUGGAAUUAUCUAAACUCCAAGAUGCAAAAAGAAAGAAGAAAAAAGCUUUGAAAGAGAGGAAGAAAUUGCAUGAUCGCAUCAACUUGAAGAUGAUUAUUAAAGAUGAUGAUCCCAUUAUUGAGGAAGACAGAGAUUUGUUUAAGCUGUCUCAAAUUAAGAAUAAAAGUGAGUUGUUACAGGUAGAAGAUGAAGAUAAUUUAGAAUUUAAUUUUGAACCUCCUGAAAUGGAUGCAGAUAACAUCUUAGAAUACAAAAAAUCUUUCAUGCCCUACGAUCGACAUGUGGAAGAUGAUCAUCGAACUGAAGCAGAGGCUGCUGAAAAAGAAGACUAUUUUUAUUCAAGUGAUGAAAACGAAGGCAGUGAAUUAGAAUUUGAGAGUGACUCUGAGGCACACAGUGAUGAAGAGGCUGAAGUGACAGAGGCUAUAUUGGAAGGUAAAAGGAAUCCCUUGAUGGUUGACUUAGUGGAAAGGCCUGACAGAGUAAAGGAUACUAUUAACAGGUGGUUCGAUAAAGACGAUUUUGCUGAUGCUGAAGAAGAAAGUGAUUUAGAGCUGGAUCUACUCGCAGAAACCAUGGAAGCAAAGAAGAAGAAAAAAGAUGCUGAAUCAAAGGAUGGCGUGCAAUCUACUGAUAAAGAAUCUAUUUCAGCUGACCAAAAAAAUGAUAAGGAAUUAAAAGGAAUUUUGAAAACACCCAGUGAUAAGGAAUCUGCUUCUGGUAAGAAAGAAAAAAGAAAAAAAGUGCGGUUGGACCCUGAAGGAUUAGCUCUAGGGUCUUUAAUAGUGCAGUCUAAGAAAUUAAAGAGAGAUAUAAUCGAAAGUGCAUACAACAGGUAUGCAUCAAAUGAUGAAAAUUUGCCUGCUUGGUUUGUGAGUGAUGAAAAGAAACAUUAUAAGAAACAGUUACCUGUAACUGCUGAAAUGGUUAAGGAAUACAAAGCUAGACUAAGAGAAAUAAAUGCUCGUCCAAUAAAAAAAGUUGUAGAAGCCAGGGCUAGAAAGAAGAGGAAGGCACUUCGUAGAAUGGAAAAGGCUAGAAAGAAAGCUGAAAAAAUUACUGAACAUCCAGACAUGAGUUCUCAAGAAAAGGCCGAGCAACUAAAAGCUAUAUACAAGAGGGCUCUACCCAAAGAAGAUCGUAAUGUGACAUACAUAGUGGCUAAGAAAGGUGUCGGACGUAGGGUCAGCCGUCCUCAAGGUCUGAAAGGAAAGUUUAGAGUUGUGGAUCCAAGAAUGAAAAAAGAUCAGAGAAAAGAAAAAAUGCUGUUCAAAACAAAUAAAAGGGAGGCAAAAAAACAAAGAAAUCAGAAGCAACAAAGAAAGAUGAAGAAGAAAAAAUAAUCUCUGUACAUAAGAAUUAUUGUUUUGUUUAAUAAAAUCUACUUGUUUCUUUUAAUACUUUGGGUU